AUGCUGGUCGACCGUCUUGCCUCUGAUCUAGGCUCCAUGUUAGACGAUGAAUUCUGCAAUGCCUACGAACUCACCUACAACACGUGAGUUCUGACCCCCUGUGUCUGUCCUAAGCCUUCCUCCGUCAUCCCCCUGACCAGCACUCUGAUUAUGGGUCAUCUUUCCUUGUAGUCUAAACACUCUUACCAAUGUGGACACAGCGCCAUAUCGUCACGCAGUGUGGAAUUUCGUCCAGAGCCUCUUCGGCAUCUGCCACGAAGACGUGCGUUUCGAUAAGCUGAACAGUUUCUUCAGGGAGCCACAAAGGGCCUUUUUGAAGGCCUGCUGUACACGGCCUGCCGAUUUAUGCCAGCUCAUGCCCCAUGUAGUACGUGAACUGAUGCCAGCCCUGAGUCCCAGUGAAAUCGUAAGUGCAAUUUCUGCCCUACUUUUUUUUAUCCUUCACAUGUCCGCCCGAGUCUAUCUCCUGGGUUGCCUCGACUUCCUCGUUUGGGCGCAAGUGCUGACCCUUAUCAAAAAAAUAGUUCACUGUGUGGAAUCACGUUCACAAAUACAAAUCAUGCUGACCUUACUAUCCUUUACUCGUAUUGCGCACAUCCGACUACAGAUUUACCCGUGUGGCUGUGAGCUGCUGGCUUUAGGUUUACCUACCAGUGAUUCGAUUUCAGAGCAAAAUGUAGACGUCUCAUUGUUGUCUUGGAAUUACGGUCUGGAGCCUCCACAGACGAUGCAUGCUGACAAGUAAUCAGCCUUCAAGAAAAGUAAGACUUCAGUUGUCAGUUCUGGUAUAUUUGUAAUCUCGCCUUUUCUCGACCAUUCAUGGAAGUUCACCCGUAAUCUUUUGGAUAGGCGCCUACUCGUGCGACCAUUAUAGCCUUCUUCGCCGGAGCAAGUAAAGGAGGAAAUGCAAAUGGGGGUGGUCUGAGCCGGCAAGCGAUCCUUCUCCGUGUAAAACGGGGUUGAUCGAGAACAAUACGCGAACAAUUGCCGCGGAGAAGAUUCGCAAACCAACCUGAUCAAGAAUUCAUCUAAGGAGUUUUCAUAUUGCGUCCACUUGAAAAUAAUUUUGCGGGACAGAGAUUUGCUCUCCACCGUCAUUGUGGUGGGUUUUUUGGGUCUCUCUGUAAUACUCUUCGCAAUAAAUUUGUCGGGAUACUCGUUCACGCGAAGCAGGUCCUAGAUCUUUCCCUGUUUCUCGCCAAUGCUGUCUGCCGAACAAAUUUUUCUGGCCAUUUGCGCCAAGCAACGGACUAGAUUGCGUUUUUGCAAUCGUUAGCCAGUCAUUCUGGAACCCGUGCUAAGUAGACCAGUGGUUUCAUCCUGAGUACAACUUUGAUGCAGGUGGCAGACGCUUUUGGGCCAAAAUUCGGCAAACAUGCCCAUCGCAGUGUUAAUCUGUAUGACCACUUUUCUCAUGUACAUGCAACUGUAGGCAGGAUGUUCUCGAAUAACACCAUUGUCAGGUUUUUGAGUCUUCACAUACCGCCGGUCUUGGAACCAAUUUCCUGCAUUAUUUCUGCAGAUGGUUUUCUUCUGUCACUACUUCGGUCGCUUAUCCUCUGGUUAAGAUCAUCAUGCCCCAUUUUCUAUAUUUCUAAGAGGGAUACGUUUUGAGGGUCCUCUUAGACGUCUACGUGCCUGUUUGCUUUUUAGUAAUUUACUUUAUUUCCUACUUUGCAGGUACACGUCUUGGUGAUGGUCAUGGAAGCCAGACAACAGGCCAGUCUGAUGUACGCCCUACGGGCUAUUUCUCAAAGCCAGACAAGACGUGUGUGA